AUGUAUGCAGGUAUGUGCCCACCCAUUGUAGACACGGGCGACUUGCCGCCAUGUGACCCGCUACUGGGUUUAAAAGCUUAUGGCCAACAGAGGAGGGCCCAGUGCUGCCUCCUCAACAUGUCCGACACAGAAGAAGCAACAUAUGAGGGAGAACAAGAAGAGAAGGAUGUGGAGGAGGUAACAGAGAAGGAGGAGGUGGAGGAGGAAGAGGUAGUAGAGGAGGAGGAGGAGGAGGAGGAGGAGGAGGAGGAGGAGGAGGAGGAGGAGGAGGUAGUAGAAGAUGAGGAGGAGGAGGAGGAAGAAGAUGCUGGAGAGGAAAAUGAAGGAGGUAUGGACACGUACGAAUCAAAGCCCAAGCCUGGCUUUGUUCCUGGCCUGAUAGCUCCAAAGAUCCCAGAAGGAGACAAGGUGGACUUUGAUGACAUUCACCGAAAGCGAAUGGAGAAGGACCUGACCGAGCUCCAGACUCUGAUCGAGGCUCACUUUGACAAGCGUAAGAAGGAGGAAGAGGAGCUCCUCAGCCUCACAGACCGCAUUGACAAACGCAGGUCAGAGAGAUCAGAGCAGACGAAGAUCAGAGCGGAGAGAGAAAAAGAGCGACAGAACAAAAUAUCUGAGGAGAAAGCGAGGAAAGAAGAUGUAGAGUUUAAGAAGAGGGCAGACGAUGACCACAGGAAGAAGAUGAUUCUGUCCAACCUGAGUUUCACCGGAUACAAAACACAGACUGGGGCAAAAAGACAAACGGAGAGGGAGAAGAAGAAGAAGAUCCUGAGCGACCGACGCAAGGAGUUAAACAUCGAUCACCUGAAAGAGGACAAACUCAAGGAAAAAGCGAAGGAGAUGUGGGACCGGAUGCGUGAGCUGGAGUCGGAGAGAUUUGAUCUUCAGUAUCAGCAGACGAAGCAGAAGUAUGAGAUCACCGUGCUGAGAAACCGAGUCAGUGACCAUCAGAAAAUUUCAAAGGGCGCCAGGAGCAAGCGAGGGCUGAGGAAGUAA